AUGUACUGGGCCCCGGUAUGGGCGGACGAUCUGAUGGCGAGACGCCGCACCACCCUGCUUCUCAGGAGGCUGCACAGGGUAAUUGCCGUCAGAGUCGUCAGAGGAUACCGAGCAGUGUCGCACGCGUCGGCGAACGUUCUGGCCGCUUCUCCGCCGUGGGAACUCCGGGUGUUGGUGCUCAAGAAGAGGUAUGAGCAAAGGAGACCGUGGGUCCCGGAAGUAGCCGAGCAGGCGGCUCCAGACGACCUAGGAACCGCCGAGGAGGACGCUUGGGACCAGUGGCGAUCCCAGCUGUUCAAUGCAGCAGGCGAACUCCGGGCCGCGGCGGCAGUUCUCCCAAAUUGGGGGACAUGGAGAAGCCGCCGCGGCCUCCCGCUCACUUUUAUAAUGACCCAGAUACUCACAGGACACGGCGUGUUCGAUGAGUACCAGAAGAAAAUCGGACGGGAGACGGCGGACAUCUGUCACCAUUGCGGGCAAGACAAGGACCACCACGGCGCAGCAUACGCUGGAGGCCUUCCCGGCAUUGGAUCUGCCCCGCUAUACCCUGCGGCAAGUCAUAGGCGAGAGGCUGGCGCCCUCAGCGAUCAUAGCAGCGAUGCUGAGCGGGCCACAGGAAUAUGA